AUGGGUAGUGUUGGAGAUGGAGGGCGGCGGCCUUCGGAGGGAGCAAGAGACUUGAGAUUGUUCCAAGACCAUCAUCCUCGGCAUCAUCAUCAUCUGUAUUCGGCCGGCGGCAGUUUCAUGGAUGUAACGACGUCUGCUGCUGCUGGGAACAAUAUCAAUACCGGUGGCCGGGGCCGGGGUACAAAUGCUUUCCCUGUGAAAAAGAUGAUGAACGGAACGACGACGGAAGGCAAGAAAACAGAAUACAGGCGGUCAUUGUCCCAGCAGGGGAAAAAGGUGUUCUCCGGCAGCUCCGGUUAUCUGAGCUUCCAGGGGCUGUUUCUGUUGGUUUGCCUGACGGCGUCAUUGCUGCUGCUGCCUCUCGUCCUUCCACCGCUGCCGCCUCCGCCAUUUCUCCUGCUUCUGCUUCCAAUCUGCAUUAUGGGACUGCUCAUGGUCUUGGCUUUUAUGCCUUCUUACGCUCGGGAUGCCUCCUACACGUAUCUGUAA